GAGGAGGAGGUGAAAGGGGAAGUCCUCUCAGUCGCAGUAGCGUUAAAUCUCCACACCCUUUUACUCGGAAACAACAGGGCUCAGCUGCGUGCCAACUUGUACAAGUUAGUCCAAAUGGCGAUGAUUUCAGAGUUCCUGGGACAACUGACCCUCACUACUGGGGCCGACGAGCCCAAAUGCCCAACUGUUUUACCUGCUGUGGACUUUGACCCCGACAAGGAUGCUGCAAGGAUAGAGACAGCCAUUAAAAUUAAAGGUGUGGACGAGCAGACCAUCAUCGACGUUCUGACAAAGCGGACCUACUCUCAGAGGAGGGAGAUAGCGUUUGCUUAUGAGAAGAGAGCAAAGAAGGACAUGAUCUCAGCCCUGAAGGGAGCACUUUCUGGCUCUGUGGAGUCUGUCAUCCUGGGCCUGAUGAAGAGCACAUCCCAGUUCGACGCCUCAGAGAUCAGAGGAUCCAUCAAGGGGCUGGGGACUGAUGAAGAAACGCUGAUAGAGAUUCUGUGCUCACGCAGCAACUCUGAGCUGCAGGAUAUCAAGCAGGUCUACAAGGAGUUGUUCAAGAAGGACCUGGACAAAGACGUAGCAGGCGACACGUCUGGGAACUUUGCAAAGCUGCUGCUGGCACUGGUGCAGACCAAGCGGGAGGAGCCGUCCACCGUGAUAGACAACGAGAAGAUAGAUCAAGACGCCAAAAAACUGUACGACGCCGGCGUGAAGGUGAAAGGAACCGAUGUGGCCACUUGGAUCUCCAUCAUGACGGAGAGGAGCGUCCCACACCUGCAAAGAGUGUUUCAGCGCUACAAGAGCUACAGCCCCUACGACAUGCAGGAGAGCAUCAGGAAGGAAGUUAAAGGAGAUUUACAGAUGUCAUUCCUGGUUCUAGUGCAAAGCUUUGAAAACAAACAGUUGUACUUUGCCAACAGACUGCACGAUGCCAUGAAGAGUAAAGGAGCCAAGGAGAAGGUGGUGACCAGAAUCAUUGUAUCGCGCUGUGAGGUGGACCUGAAGAAGAUCUGCUCAGAAUACAAAGCCCACCAUGGACAGUCUCUGCACAAGACCAUCAUGGAACACACCAAAGGAGACUACCAGAAGGUUCUGCUCAGCCUCUGCGGACCAGACGAGUAAAUCACCGGAUUAGUGGGAUGUACAACAUGCUGAAAGUCGGCCCUUGGGGACCUGCAGCCUGCAGACCCGAGAGGAAGUCUCUCCUCCGUUGAAAACAUGCAAUUUACUGUCCUUCAUCAUUCACAAGAGCUUUAACCCCAUCAAUGUCAAACAGCUGCAGGAUUACCAUAAGAACCACACUUUAGGGACGUGUACCCUAAAAAAGGCUUAAACGUCAAGGAUCGUAGUAAUCAAUUAUUUUAUGCUGCCUUCAAAAGAAGCAACAUGUAUAUUUCAUAGUUGGUAAGAAUAAAUAAAUACAAUAUAAGUUCAUACUGUACACCAGGGGUCACCAACACGGUGCCCACGGGCACCAGGUAGCCCGUAAGGACCAGAUGAGUAGCCCGCUGGCCUGUUCUAAAAAUAGCUCAAAUAGCAGCACUUACCAGUGAGCUGCCUCUAUUUUUUAAAUUGUAUUUAUUUACUAGCAAGCUGGUCUCGCUUUGC